GUGGUGUCUCCUUGUCUCGGCCAGCCCAUGACGUCUCACUUGACCUUCCUUGCUUGCAUCAUGAGGUCUUCAAAAGAUGCGUCCGAUGCCAGCGUCCUUGCGUCGCGGUUCUCCAUGAGAUUUCUGUUCCUCUUAGCGCUAGUUCUGGCAGAAGCCUUUCCCGGCCAAAUCCAACCUUCUAUCGCCCGUAGCAAUGAUGAUGUCCAGGAAUUAGUGCAGAUUAAAUUGCGCCCAAGGACUAUCACAAAAACCAUUCAUGUCGAGGCUGAGGGACUGCGCCCAUCGAGAAACUUACAUGAUACCAUCACAAACAUUCAUAUCGAUGCUAGAGGACUGCACCCAUCGCGCUCAUCGCGCCCACCGUGUCGCAAACAUCGCUUGCAUAAUACUGACGAAAGUGCUUUGUACGAUGCUAUCCUUGAAGUCUUGCGCAAUACUGACUCUAGCGGCUUGCACGAUGCCAUCGCAAAAAUCUUGGACGAUUUUAUGUCAGGACGUCUUUAUAGAUCAGGAUCAGGACGUCGUUAUGGUUCAGGAUCAAGAGGUCGCUAUAGCUUAUACGCUCGUAAUCACCUGCGAUCAAGAAUGAGGCCCGAGAACCAACAUGGGUAUUGUGGAAGUGGAUGGACUUACUUUAACAGCACUAACUCUUGCUAUAAGACCUUAUUCGACGAAACCUGGACCGCUGCGGAGAGCAUUUGUGUUUUGCUUGGAGGACAUUUGACUUCUAUCCAUAGCCCCGAAGAAAAUCUUUUUGUAACGACUCUGUCAAAGGCAAAUAUCAGACGAUCUCACUGGAAAAAGGCAACUUGGAUAGGCUUGCAUCAAGCACGUUAUCCAAGUAGCACAGAAUGGACGUGGACUGAUGGCACGAAAGUUGACUAUUCGCCAUUUGCUCCUGGCGAGCCGAAUAAUCUUGCCAGACGUGAACAGUGCGCACAGCUCUACAGCGACGAACCUCAUUAUCAGCAAUGGAAUGACUGGCGCUGCGAUACCAAGAUGAGGAACUUCGUGUGCAAGAAGAAGUCAUUCCCUCUUUUUUAAAGUAACAGUCUUUUGCAUUUGAUGAAUUUAUCAUUUGAGGCCCUUGGACAAUGUGUAAAUGGAGUAUAAAGUCUCCUCCAAUGGUU